AUGUAUCUAUCUGUCUUCUUGUCUUCCUUCCUUCGACUGGUCACUACUCAGUUAAGAUUUCCACACUUAUCCGAUCCUGAUGACCCAUCAAAUUACCAUGGUGACAAGGGAACAAUAUGGCCAAUGUAUCUAUCUGUCUUCUUGUCUUCCUUCCUUCGACUGGUCACUACUCAGUUAAGAUUUCCACACUUAUCCGAUCCUGAUGACCCAUCAAAUUACCAUGGUGACAAGGGAACAAUAUGGCCAAUGUAUCUAUCUGUCUUCUUGUCUUCCUUCCUUCGACUGGUCACUACUCAGUUAAGAUUUCCACACUUAUCCGAUCCUGAUGACCCAUCAAAUUACCAUGGUGACAAGGGAACAAUAUGGCCAAUGUAUCUAUCUGUCUUCUUGUCUUCCUUCCUUCGACUGGUCACUACUCAGUUAAGAUUUCCACACUUAUCCGAUCCUGAUGACCCAUCAAAUUACCAUGGUGACAAGGGAACAAUAUGGCCAAUGUAUCUAUCUGUCUUCUUGUCUUCCUUCCUUCGACUGGUCACUACUCAGUUAAGAUUUCCACACUUAUCCGAUACUGAUGACCCAUCAAAUUACCAUGGUGACAGCAUCCUGACAGUACAAUGUAAUCGAACACUUCACUGA